AUGAGAAUUCACAUUGGAAUAUUUCACAUAUUUGAUAUGGUUAUUCUAAGGAUUCUUGUUGUUUCCAUUAUGACAUUCACUAUGCUCUUAAUAAAGAUCAAUGCACUCAAAGGGCUAGAGAACAGUUUUGUUCGGGUUGUCAGAUUAGGCCAACCACCAUAUUCAUCAGCUUCUGGACCUCAUUCAAGUGUGGAUACAAUGGAAGUUACAGGGAUACAUAAAUCCAAUAAGUUGAAAGUUGUUCCUGAUGCUAUCAUUGGAGGAUAUCUAAUGGCUUGUGUUGUUGCUGUUUUAUUGUAUAUUCGAGUCACAAGAAAAAGAAGUGAAGUGCAUUCUUAG